GUCUCUUUUGGACUUUUAUGUGAGGAAAAUGUCAGAUUUGGCUAAUGAAUUCAACUUGGAGCAGUAGGCCUAAUGUUGAAGUUGCUGGCCAUUCCUAAAGGCUUGUGAGAAGACAAGUUCCUAAACAUGGCAUUGAAUAGAAUUCAAUUGGUAAAAGGGCUAGAAGAUGUGACGCUGUGUGAGAAAGAAGCCUGUACAUUUGAGGUGGUCCUCAGUCAUGCGUACGUCCAGGGUCAAUGGAGCAGGGAUGGAGUCCCACUUAAAUCCAGGCCUGUGUGUCGAAUUGCCACGCAGGGCAAAAAACACACACUCACACUCACGCGCGUCAUGGUUGCUGACAUGGGUGUCAUCAGUUUCAAGGCUGAAGGGAUUGAAAGCUCUGCUAUGCUGACAGUCACAGCCAGGAAUAUAAAGAUUGUGAAGACUCUUCAGAAUGUCAGUGUAACCGAGAGGGAGAGUGUGACAUUUAUCUGUGAGGUCAACUGGGAAGAUGUGGAUGGGAAGUGGUACAAGGAUGACAGCCGGUUGAGAGCUGGGGACAAUGUUAAAAUAAGAUGUGAGG